GUGGCGCCCAGAGACAAAUACGUUCCAUUUCGAUUUCGGCGAGGCCACCAUGACGCUCCAGGACGUACAAGUCCUAUUCGGUCUGCCAAUCAAUGGAGCUGCUGUUGUGGGAGUGACUGUAGAGCUAUCACCCUUACAGUGGCGAGAGAAGUGCAAGAACUUGCUAGGGUUUGAGCCCUACGUUCAGGACCCUAGCUCGUGGGAAAUUGCUGGCCAGUGGUUGAAUAUUGGGCCUUUGGAGCGCUCUUGCAAAACUGAGUUGCAAGAAGGACAACCGGAUAUCGUGUACGAGCAGAGGGCGAGGGCCCUUAUCUUGUGGUGCAUUGGGUCAUUCAUCUUCCCCGACCACCGGGCGGAUGGCGUCUCACUUUACUGGCUCCAGCUGCUAGAGGACUUCGAUGGUAUUCAGGGGUACAGCUGGGGUUCAGCGCUCUUAGCAGGAGUAUACAGAGCGUUGGCGAUCUCGUACGAGGCCAAUCAGAAGUGGUUGACGAACUGUGUUCAAUUGAUCCAGGUUUGGGCAUGGGAGCAUAUCCCUCGUAUUCGCCCAACGAUGAAGAAAAAAAGUUUGUUUGAUACUGUGCCUGAUUGUCCAUUGGGAGGGAGGUGGGUGGGACCGAGAUCUAAGUCAAACAUAGCCACUACACUGUCCGCCUACCGGGAUCAGCUUACAAGGCUGAGAGAGGAUCAG